AUGACAGUAGUUAAUGUAACAGUAAAGUGGAAAAAUCAUGUUUUCAAUGAUGUUGAAAUGAAUAUAUCUGAGCCACUUAUUUUAUUUAAAACACAAUUAUGGCAAUUAACCAAUGUUCCACCAGAAAAACAAAAAUUAAUGUACAGAGGAUUAUUAAAAGAUGAUGUAGAUUUAUCUAAUUUGAACAUUAAAGAAAAUGACAAAAUUAUGCUAGUAGGUUCAGCUGAAACGUUAGUGGAAAAUCCUCAAAAUGUCGUUUUUGUGGAAGAUUUAUCAAAGGAGGAAAAAGAAAAAAUACAUACAAAAGAAAACAUAACGUUUGAAGAACAGGGUAUAGUAAAUUUAGGUAAUACAUGCUACUUUAAUGCAGUAUUACAAUUCUUAACUUCAUUUGAUGAUUUAGGAGAAUUUCUUAGAAAUGUAAAAAGAAAAGAAGAUCAAUUAGUAAAAUCGAAUAAAGAUAUUUUAUUUGAUUCUUUUGUUCAUUUUUCUCAAACAUUUGGAAAAUCAUCAGAACCAUAUGUUCCACUUGCUUUAUUAAAAUCUUUUAGAGAAGUUUUUCAAAAAUUUAAAGGGGUUAAUUUAAGAACAAAACAGUAUGCUCAGCAAGAUGCAGAGGAAUGCAUGAAUGCUAUGCUUAAUGCAUUAAAUGAACAAACAGAAUGUAAAAUAAUUGAUAAAAUAUUUUCUUUUAAAAUUGUUAGUAAAACAAAAUGUAUAGAAACAAAUGUUAAUGAAGAAAUUACUAAUGAAAAUAAAGAACAAAAUAUAGAUGAUGAAUAUGAAACAACAGAAGAAUUCCACAAUAAACUAAUUUGCUAUAUGGGAACACAUAAUGUUCCAGUUAAUCAUAUGCAUGAGGGAAUACGGCUAUCAUUAAAUGAAAAAAUUAGAAAAAUUAGAUCGACAGACGAAAAAAAUGCUUUAUAUGAAAAGAAAUCAGAAAUUGAUUCAUUACCACCAUAUUUAAUCGUUCAUUUUUUACGAUUUGAAUCAAAAAGAAUAGUUGAAUCAAAUAAUGAUGUUUCAGUUGUUACAGCAAAGAUUUGCAGAAAAGUUAGUUUUCCUGAAAUUUUUGAUAUAUAUGAUUUUUGUUCAGAAAAAGUAAAGAAUCAAUUAAAAAUAUCUAGAGAUAUAAUUAUGAAAAGAAAAGAAAAAGAAAUAAGCUCAGAUAAUGAAGAAUCAAGUAACUUAAAGGAGAAUAAUUUUCAGGAAAAAAAUGAAGAGAAAAAUAAUGAAAAAAAUGAAGAGAAAAAUAAUGAAAAAAAUGAAGAGAAAAAUAAUGAAAAAAAUGAAGAGAAAUAUAAUGAAAAAAAUGAAGAGAAAAAUAAUGAAAAAAAUGAAGAGAAACAUAAUGAAAAAACUAAUGAGAAAAAUAAUGAAAAAAGUAAUGAGAAAAAUAAUAACGAAAAAGAAGAAUUAAUAGAGCUUUUCACAGGAGAAUAUGAAUUAAUUUCAGUUGUAACACAUAAAGGAAGAAAUGAAGAAAGUGGGCAUUAUAUUGCAUGGAAAAAAAUGAGAAAUUAUAUUAGUAAAAAUUCUAGAAUUGAUGAAAAUUAUGAAAUAAAGAAAAAAAUCAGAAAAGUAAAUGAUUCUAUGUGGUUAAAAAUGGAUGACGAUAAAGUAACAACUCACAAAUUUUCUUCACUAGAUUUAAGUGGAGGUUGUAGUGAUUAUCAUAUAGCUGUUUUAUUAUUAUAUAAAAGAAAAAGCAUUUUAUGUACACAAAGUGAAAUAAAUAAAUAUUCCAAAUAA